UCACUUCCCUGGGACGGGAAGGCAAGCACACGCACUCCAUCCAGCAGAGAGCAGGUCAGCCUACCGGGGCUCCGGCGACACAGCCGCUUGCAGGUGUUGUGGGUGAACUUUGAGUUUUGGAGCAGGUCACGUAGCUUGAAAUCACCGUCAAUUCACCUGGCACUGCUUUGGCUUCAGGCUCUUCCUUCUGUCCAGCUCCCUCCCACCCAGCAGCACGCAGAGAAACGGGAAGAGAAACGAGGCAGCUGCAGCCGCCACCGCGCUGGGCCUUGGAGACGCCACAGGCACAGCAGACCCCACCCCGCUGCACAGAGCUCCGUGAAAGCGAGUCUGAGCCCCGCGGGUUCUCCCCGAGCCCAGCCAUGGGGGAGCUGUGCCGCAAGGACUCCACGCUCACGGCGCUGGACGAGGAGACGCUGUGGGAGAUGAUGGAGAACCACCGUCACAGGAUCGUGCGCUGCGUCUGCCCCAGCCGCCUCACGCCCUACCUGCGCCAGGCCAAGGUGCUGUGCCAGCUGGACGAGGAGGAAGUGCUUCACAGUCCCCAGCUCACCAACAGUGCCAUGCGGGCCGGGCACUUGCUGGAUUUGCUGAAGACUCGAGGGAAGAAUGGGGCCAUCGCCUUCCUGGAGAGCCUGAAGUUCCACAACCCUGACGUCUACACCCUGGUCACUGGGCUGCAGCCUGCUGUUGACUUCAGCAACUUUAGCGGUCUCAUGGAGACAUCCAAGCUGACUGAGUGCCUGGCUGGGGCCAUCGGCAGCCUGCAGGAGGAGCUGAACCAGGAGAAGGGGCAGAAGGAGGUGCUGCUGCGGCAUUGCCAGCAGCUGCAGGAGCGCCUGGGCCUUGCCGAGACCCGGGCCGAGGACCUGCACCAGCUGGAGACUGACCACAGCCGCAUGAAGCGUGAGGUCAGCGCCCACUUCCAUGAGGUGCUGAGGCUGAAGGACGAGAUGCUCAGCCUGUCGCUGCACUACAGCAACGCGCUGCAGGAGAAGGAGCUGGCCGCCUCGCGCUGCCGCAGCCUGCAGGAGGAGCUGUACCUACUGAAGCAGGAGCUGCAGCGAGUCAACAUGGUUUCCUCCUGCGAGCUGGAAUUGCAGGAGCGAUCCCUGAGGAUGGCCAGUGACCUGGAGUCCGGGGACGAGGAGCUGAACCGCCUGAAGGAGGAGAACGAGAAACUGCGCUCGCUGACUUUCAGCCUGGCGGAGAAGGACAUUCUGGAGCAGAGCCUGGACGAGGCGCGGGGGAGCCGCCAGGAGCUGGUGGAGCGCAUCCACUCCCUGCGGGAGAGGGCCGUGGCCGCGGAGAGGCAGCGGGAGCAGUACUGGGAAGAGAAGGAGCAGACCCUGCUGCAGUUCCAGAAGAGUAAGAUGACCUGCCAGCUCUACAGGGAGAAGGUGAACGCGCUGCAGACCCAGGUGUCCGGGCUGCAAAAGGAACGUGACCAGGCGUACUCUGCGAGGGACAGUGCUCAGAGGGAGAUUUCCCAGAGCCUGGCGGAGAAGGACUCCCUCCGUCGGCAGGUGUGUGAGCUGACGGACCAGAUCUGCGACCUGCGCACACAGCUCCGCCAGCUGCAGGCAGAGCCUCCGGGUGCGCUCAAGCAGGAAGCCAGGACCAGGGAGCCCUGUGCGAGGGAGAAGCAGCGGCUGGCGCGGAGGCACGCCGUCGGCCCCAGAGAUGACAGCCAGAGCAGCCUCGCCAGCUCCUCGGAGUCUCAGCUCUGGUCGGACCUGAGCGCCACAUCCAGCCGCGAGCUGGUGGACAGCUUCCGCUCUAGGAGCCCUGUGCCCCCCAGCCAGCAGUCCCUGUACAAGCGGUUGGCCGACGACUUCGGGGAAGAAUCCUGGUCUUUCAGCAGCUGCCUGGAGAUUCCGGAAGUAGGCCUGGGAGCCCCGCCAGGAGCAAAGGCGGGUGACACAGACCUGGAUUACGAGCUCCUAGAUGGGGCAGAUCUUCCCCAGCUGGACAGCAGCCUGCAGCCAUUCUCCGCUGGAAGCCUGGAUGUCUCGGAGAGCAGCGUGCUCAUGAGGCGGAGGCGGGCCCGUAGGAUCCUGAGCCAGGUCACGGCGCUGGCGUUCCAGGGGGAUGCAUUACUGGAGCAGAUCAGCGUCAUCGGUGGGAACUCCACGGGCAUCUUCAUCCACCGGGUCACCCCGGGCUCGGCGGCGGACCAGAUGGCUUUGCGUCCAGGCACCCAGAUCGUGAUGGUUGAACACGAAGCCUCAGAGCCCUUGUUCAAGGCAGUCCUGGAGGACACAACCCUGGAGCAGGCCGUGGGGCUUCUCGGGAGGGUGGACGGCUUCUGCUGCCUGUCUGUGAAGGUCAACAUGGACGGUUAUAAGAGGCUGCUCCAGGACCUGGAGGCCAAAGUGGUGACCUCAGGGGAUUCAUUCUACAUCCGGGUCAACCUGGCCAUGGAGGGGAGGGCCAAGGGGGAGCUGCAGGUGCAUUGCAAUGAGGUCCUGCACGUCACCGACACCAUGUUCCAGGGCCACUGCUGCUGGCACGCCCACCGCCUGAACCCCUACACCAUGAAGGAUGCCGCGGGCCACGGCACCAUCCCCAGCUACUCCCGGGCUCAGCAGCAGCUCAUAGCCCUCAUCCAGGACAUGACUCAGCAGUGCACAGUCACCCGCAAGCCGUCUUCCGGGGGACCGCAGAAGCUGGUCCGCAUCGUCAGUAUGGACAAAGCCAAGGCCAGCCCUCUGUGUCUGUCCUUCGACAGGGGCAAGUCGGACUCCAGCAGGAUGGAGGACUCCAGCACGCGCUUCUGGGCCGAGAGCUGCUUCACCUUGGUGCCCUACACGCUGGUGCGCCCGCAUCAGCCUGCCGGGCCCCGGCCUGUGCUCUUCGUGCCCAGGGUGGUUGGGAAGAUCCUGAGCGAGAAGCUGUGCCUCCUCCAAGGGUUUAAGAAGUGCCUGGCAGAGUACUUGAGUCAGGAGGAAUAUGAGGCCUGGAGCCAGAGAGGGGACAUUGUCCAGGAGGGAGAGGUGUCUGGGGGCCGCUGCUGGGUGACCCGCCAUGCUGUGGAGUCCCUCAUGGAAAAGAACAUCCACGCCCUCCUGGACGUCCGGCUGGACAGUGUCCGUGCCCUGCACAGAAUGGACAUCUUCCCUAUCGUCAUCCACGUCUCUGUCAAUGAGAAGAUGGCAAAGAAGCUCAAGAAGGGCCUACAGCGGCUGGGCACCUCGGAGGAACAGCUCCUGGAGGCUGCCAGGCAGGAGGAGGGAGACCUGGACCGGGCGCCCGGUCUGUACAGCACCCUGGCUCCCGAGAGCUGGAGUGACGUGGACGGCCUGCUCAGCUGUGUCCGCCAGGCCAUCGCCGACGAGCAGAAGAAGGUGGUGUGGGCGGAGCAGAGCCCCCAGUGACGGGCCCGGGACUGUGGGGGCCUCUGGGUGCCGGUGAAUGCAGUCCUGUUCCUGAGCACAGGGCCUCUGGCAGAACUGUGGGCUCCCUGGCACGAGGCCAGCUCUCCUCUCUGGCUGGGGUCUAACCUUGAACCCUCACCACGUGCAGGAUGCACAUGGUGAAGCCACUUGCAUCUGCUUACCUUUCUGUGGAAAUCAUCUUCACCCGUCACCUGGGCUUGCCAUGGUCUGAACUGGAGACCCUGAGAAUGUUUCUGCAGUGGGAAGGGAGGGACGUCUUUCCACGCCUUCCCUAGAACUGGAGGCCCCAGGCUUCUCUGCAAAACCACCUGUCUGUAGGCCUGAUUCAAAUCUGUGGGCCUGCACUUCCC